AUGGCUUCCCUCCACUACUCUCCCUCCCCUACCUCCGCCUCCGCCACCCCCUCCUCUGCCAAACCCCGCGGCCUCCUCUUCCCCAAGCCCUCCCAUUUCCUCCCACGCACCAAGCGCGCCCACCGCAUCCCCCACACUAUUUCCUGCUCCUCCGACGACAACAACACCAUCGACCGCCGCAACGUCCUCCUGGGUCUCGGCGGCCUCUACGGCGCCAGCACCCUCUCCCCCCAGCCCGCGUCCGCCAACCCCGUCCAGGCCCCGCAGCUCGACAAGUGCGGGGUGGCCACCGACCUCAACACGGGCAAGCAGCUCGACAUCAACUGCUGCCCCCCAACCUCGGACCGCAUCAUCGACUACCGCCUUCCCCCCGUCUUCAAUAUGAGGGUCCGCCCCUCCGCGCACCGCGUUUCCCCCGAGCAGGUCUUCAAGUACAACAUGGCCCUCGACCGCAUGCGCCGCCUCCCCGCGGACGACCCCCGCAGCUUCAUGCAGCAGGCCAACAUUCACUGCGCCUACUGCAACGGCGCCUACGACCAGCCGGGGCAGGGCACCCUCGACCUCCAGGUCCACAACUCCUGGCUCUUCUUCCCCUUCCACCGCUGGUACCUCUACUUCUACGAGCGCAUCCUCGGUAAAUUGAUCGGCGACCCCACCUUCGCCCUGCCCUUCUGGAACUGGGACAACCCCAAAGGCAUGACCCCGCCGCCCAUGUUCCUCGACCCCAAGUCCGCCCUCUACGACGACAAGCGCAACCAGGACAACAUCAAGACGGUCGUCGACCUGGGCUUCACCAAGAACAAGGAUCCUCUCCAAGUGGUGGCCAACAAUCUCACAAUCAUGUACAGCGAGAUGGUCCGUUCCCCCGUCGACGUGUACGACUUCAUGGGGAAGCCGUACCGCGAGGGGACCGCGGUCAACCCGGGGCCCGGCACGUCCGAGCGUGGCUCCCACACGGCCAUCCACGUCGUCAUGGGGGAUCCGCGGCAGCCGAGCGGGGAGGACCUCGGCAACUUCUACUCGGCCGGGCGGGACCCGCUCUUCUACUGCCACCACGCCAACGUCGACCGCAUGUGGACCCUGUGGCAGUACUUCCUCCCAAGCAGCAAGGUCCCCGACAAGAGGAUCACCGACCCCGACUUCCUCAACGCCUCCUUCUUGUUCUACGACGAGAACGCGCAGCUCGUGAGGGUGUACGUGAAGGACUGCAUCGACAACCUCAGGAUGGGGUACGACUUCGAGCGGAUCGACCUGCCGUGGCUCGACUACAGGCCGCCGCGGCAGACGGCCAAGGCCAAGAUCACGAGGACGGCGUCGACGGCCCCCAAGGCGGGGACGCUGUUCCCGCUCAAAUUGGAAGGGGUGGUGAGGUUCCAGGUGGACAAGACGAAGAAAGGGAAGGCGGACGAGGUGCUCGUGCUGGAAGACAUCACUGUGGACACAACCAAGUUCUUGAAAUUCGACGUGUUUGUGAACGACGAGGAUGACAACCCGUCGGAGCUGGACAAGGCGGCCUACGCGGGGACGUACGCGCAGGUCCCGCACAAGACUUUGAAUCGCACGGCCACGACUUCCAUCCAGCUGAGGCUCACCGACUUGUACGAGGACAUGGACAUCGAGGAUGAUGACACGGUGGUUGUCACGUUGGUGCCGAGGCACCAGGGGCCGGGGGUCACCAUUGGUGGGAUCAAGAUCGUCGAGGCGCCUAAAUCAGCGGCCUAA